AUGGCGCCCGGCGACUCGUCUGAUCCCGCCGCGCAGGCAGCGGCCGCGGCGGCAUUCCACCGCUUCACCGUUGAGCUGUGGACGUUGUACGGCAUCGGCGUCUUCGCGACCUUCCUGAGGACGUAUGCUCGCAUCCGGGCCGUGGGGGCCAGGAAUCUACGCGCAGACGACUAUCUCGUCUGGGUCGGCGUGGCCUUCUACACUGCGCAGGCGGCGCUCGGUUAUAGUAUCGGAAAUGUUGCUCACGGCCUGGCCAACAAUGGCAUGUCUGAUGCUGAGCGCGUGGCCCUCUCACCCAGCGAUCCCGAGUACCAGUCGAGGGUGAUUGGCUCCAAGAUUCAGGUGGCCGGCUGGACAACCUAUUCCCUCCUGAUCGGCUUCUUGAAGCUAUCCGUGCUCGCCUUCUACAUCCGACUCACGGACGGGCUUGGGCGGCCGUACAAGAUUCGCAUCAUCAUCGGAUUCAUACUCGUCAUCGGGACAACCGUGGCCUGCAUCCUCACCAACUUCCUCGCCUGCCGACCAUUCAGCAAGUACUGGCAGAUCAACCCGGACCCUGGGAACGCAUGCCAGGCGGCUGUCUCGCGGCCCAUCAUCUGGGUCUCCUUCGCGGCCAACGUCUGCACCGACAUAUACCUGAUUCUGAUCCCGCUCCCCAUGCUCUGGGGAUCCAGCCUGAAGAUGAUCAAGAAGAUUGCCUCGACAAUCGUCCUCGGGGCGGGCAUCUUUGUCCUCGUGUGCGCAACGCUCAAGAGCGUCUUUGUCCUAGUGGACACGGUCAACGGCGCCCAGCUCGCCGGCUCCUGGGGCACGAGGGAGGCCUUUGUGGCCGUCAUCACGACCAACCUGCCCAUGCUGUUCCCCCUGUUCCGGGUCUGGCUCGCGCCGCUGUUCGGGAGCGCCCUGCGGUCGUCCAAGAAGUCGUACAAGUCGCCCACGGGCCUCGUGACGUUUGGAGGCGGCGGCGGCGGCUCGUCCACGCCUCGCAACCACCCGCGCACGGCGAACCCCAUCACGGCGAACAUGACGUUUAGCGAGAGCGAGGAACGCAUCGUGGGGGCCAUCAAGAUGGAUGUCGUGGGGGGCACGCGGCCCUCGAAUGCCAUUGUCGUGUCGAACCAGGUCGAAGUCACGCACUCGGAUAGGAAUAGCCCGAUGGACGGCCGCUACGCGCAGCAUACUCACGAACACUGGUGA